AUGGAGAGAUCUCCGUCGUCAGUCAUCAGCUUCCUUCGCCAGAACGCUCGCAGGCUUCAAAGUCCACGUCCUUUCCUCGAAAAAGCCACUCGAAAUCUUAAUCUAGUCGUUGGAGGGGGAGAUCGAGAUAAGGGGGAUCAAAUCAAACAAGAAGAAUGUAAUCAUCAUCAUCAACAACAGCAGCAGAUCGAUUUCACAGAAGUAAUCGCUGGAGAGGUAUGUAAGACCAUACGAACCCAGCCCAGAUGGGAAAGAACCCUCCUUUCCGAUUUCCCUUCUCUGGGUCGCGAUAUCUUCCACCACUCCAACUGUAUUCUGGAAAUUCUCAAGCGUCAAAACAAUGCCUUCUUCUCUAUUCGUUUCUUCAACUGGCUCUGCUCCCAUCCUGACUUCUCCCCCGACUCUCAAACUUGCAACACUCUCUUUGAUAUCUUAGUGGCCGCCAACGCCCCCAACGCUGCAAAAUCCCUUCUCCUCCGUUCUCCACCCGGAUUCUGCCCCCCAUCGUCUUCUUUAGAGUCCUUCAUCAAAUGCGUCUGCGAGGAGGGAUCCAUUCAUGAAGCCCUCGAUGUGUUUUCCCGGCUCAAAAGCCUUGGUCACACGCCGCCCCUCGCUGUCUGGAACGUAGCUUUGUUGGGUUCUCUUCGGAUUGGGAGGACCGAUCUUGUUUGGGAACUAUAUGGGGAGAUGAUGGAAUCCAGCCUUGUGGGCAAUGUGGAUACGGUUGGAUAUCUCAUUCAAGCCUUCUGCAAGGACAAAAAGCUUUCGGAAGCUUAUGAGCUUCUUCGGCAAGUCUUAGAAGCCGGGCAUGUCCCUGAUAAUGUUGCUUUUACCAAAUUGAUAUCUGGGUUAUGCAAGGAUGGGAAUUAUGGAAAAGUCUCGGAGCUUCUCCAUUUGAUGAUCGCGAAGAAACGGACUCCUGACAUAUUCGUUUAUCAGGAAAUCAUAAAUGGGCUCUGCAAGAACGGAAUGGGGCAAGAAGCUUUUCGGAUUUUUUGUGACCUAAAGGAGAGAGGGUAUUCUCCCGACAGGGUUAUGUACACGACGAUGAUCGAUGGUCUCUGUAAAAUGGGUUUGAUUGGUGAAGGGAGGAAGCUAUGGUUCGAGAUGAUUAGGAAGGGGUUCAUUCCAAAUCCAUAUACUUAUAAUGUACUUAUUGAUGGUUAUUGUAAGAUGGGUGACUUAGAAAUGGCUCAGAAGUUGCGUAGAGAGAUGUGUGAAAGAGGGUAUGGAGAAAGCACGGUGAGUUAUAACACCAUGAUUGCUGGGUUUUGUUUACAUGGGAAAAUGGAUGAAGCGCAUAAACUCUUUGAAGAAAUGCCCAAGAAGGGAAUUGAACGUGAUGUGGUGACAUACAAUACUCUGAUUCAGGGCCUUUGCAAAGAAAAGAAGGCACUGGAGGCUAUGGACCUUUUCUAUGAAAUCCUGGGGAUGGGAAUGCAUCCGACCAUCUCAUCUUACACUCCUCUUAUCCAAGCACUUUGUGACAUGGGAAAUGCACAAGAAGCAAUAGAGUUGUGGAAUGACAUGCGGAAUAGGGGUUUGGAGCCACUGGUAUGUACUUGUGAUCAUAUAAUUACUGGAUUGUGUAAAGCCGGAAAUGCAAAGGAGAGCAUGGAGUGGUUGAUCAAUAUGUUAAGGAGUAAGCAGAGACCACAGAGAGAGACCUUUCAGAGAUUGGUUCAAUAUCUCUCUUCAAGUAGUAGGUUGGACGAUGCUUUACUGGUUUUAGAUUAUUUGUUUGGAAUGGGUUACAUUCUUGAUGAAACUGUUUUAUACUCUCUGGUUAGUCAACUUUGCAAAGGGAAUUUGCAUCAUGCUUGGGAAUAUAUAGGGGAGAUAUUGGAAAAAAGUUGA